GGAAGAGGCAGGGCGAAAGGAGGGCGUCGAGGAAGGUGAGCCGAAGACACCAACCACCUGCUUGCUGCCCGGGCGUCCCGCGAUGGUCUUAGUGGUGGUCAUGGGAGUGAGCGGCUCCGGGAAAUCCACAGUGGGCACACUUCUGGCAGAUAAGCUAGGUUGGACAUUCUAUGAGGGUGAUGACUAUCAUCCAGAGGAGAACAGAAAGAAAAUGGCUGAAGGAAUACCUCUAACUGACCAGGAUAGGAUACCAUGGCUUUGCCACCUACAUGAUAUAUUAAUGAGAGAACAUGCAUCUGGACAAAGUGUCAUUUUAGCUUGCUCAGCUCUCAAAAAAGUGUAUCGGUGCAUUUUGGAGAAUGGAGAGGCUGGUUGUCAGAGUUUGAACAACCAACAAGAAGAAAAGGAGUCCACUCCAAGAAAGAUCCUGUUUGUUCACCUGACAGGGCCAAUAGAGCUCAUUGCCAGCCGUCUAGAAAAAAGAAGGGGACAUUUCAUGCCACCAAGUCUACUCCAAUCUCAGUUUGAUACUCUUGAACCUCCAUGUGCGCCAGAAAACUUUAUUAAUGUUAGCUUGGAAAAGUCUGUUUCAGAAAUAGUAUCUGAAAUUGAAAGACAUCUUAAAAGUUUGUACUGAUGUUUCUCCAGGUUUUCUUGUUUUGAAGCCUGAUAACCCCAAAUAAAUGUUACUCUUGUAUAAUUUAUUCUCCUGUUUAAGCAACAUAUUUAUGUUUUAUUUACUAUACUUGUAGCAUGAAUAGAAAAUUAAGCCUGCCUAGUUUUUUAUUCAUUAUCAUAUAUCUAAUUUUAAAAAAUAUAUAUCAUAUUAUCAUAAUAUUGACAUUUAUUUUAAAAAUUGCAGUUGAAAGUUUAAGAUAAAACAAACCCUUGGUGAGCAAUCAUAUACUUCACAUACUUGCUGAGUGAGAGAGAAGACUGCAGCUGCAUUUGGUAAAGUGGACUAUCAGAAAACAUAUAGCAGUAUCCUUGAAUCAGCUAGAAAGGACUACCAUUGUAAUUUAAUAGUAGUAAAAUGCUGUCAAAAAAAAGGAGAAUUUGAAUAUUGAAAACAGCAGGACUCUUUAUUCUAAGGUGGCUAAUGCAAAUCCAUACUCUGUAUCUAUCUAUCCAGCAUAGUUACUAGUUAUUAUUAGUUACAUAGUUACUACUACUAUUAAUUUUCUCAUGUUCCUAUCACCCAUCUCCUCCCACUUAUGACUGCAUAACUGUAACUUUGUUGCUCGUAUCCUUACAAUUUAUAUUGUUUCCUAGUAUGAUUUGAUUGCUUAUUUGUACCCUAUGACUAUCAUUAAGUUUUUUAUCUUUUUAUUCUUGAUGAAUGUAUUUUAUUCUUAUGUACACUGAGAGCAUAUGCACCAAAGACAAAUUCCUUGUGUGUCCAAUCACACUUGGCCAAUAAAGAAUUCUAUUCUAUUCUAUUCUA